UUUCAGUUUCUUUUUUUUUCUAUGUUUGUGUAUGCUCUCUGCGUUGUCAUCCAUAUCUUGAGUUAAAGAAUAAGUGGAGGCUUACCAGCAGGCAUGAAAUAUAUUAAUAUUCUAAAAUGCAACUGCUGUCAAUGACCCAUAGAUUGUCAAUUUUGAAAACCACUUGAAUUAUUAAUAUCAAAGUACAAAAAAGCUAACAAUUGUAUAACUGAAAGAAUUUUGAAUAGCUGACUUCUUUUUCAACUUCUGAAAAACACAAAUGGAAGUCUGUAUAGUAUUUUAAUGUUUGUUUUUUUGUUUGUGGCUAGUUAAUUGCAGUGGCAGUGCCAUUAAAACCUCUGGUCAUUUAAUUAAAUUUUUUGGCAAUUAUUAAGAGUUAUCACAAUUUUGUACAUAAAUCUCAAGUUGAAUAUCAAUCAUUGAUAUUCAACUUGCAUAUAAUAUCAAUGCAAGACAAUAUUCAUUAUAUUGUGUCUGACUGGGCCUACAGGAAGAUUGAUAUUGGACUUUGUGAGGUAGUUGUAAGAGUGUAAUUCUCAUGAGAGUCAGCAUUGGAGCUAAAUAAAUCAGUAUCAAUGAUUGUAACUGCAAAUAAUAUUUUGACUCCAGAGUUACAUUUGCAUGAAAUGAAGAGAAUUGAGGCUGGAAAUGAUCCUGAUGUUCUUCUUAAGCAGCUUGAUGAAUUCUUAUAUGUUGCUUCCACAGCAUUGGCUGGAUCAAAUCCAUCACCCAAUUUAACUGGAGAGGAGCUAAACACUGCAUUAAGUGCCCUUCAACUUCUGCAUACUCUUCCUGCUGCCCGCCCAGCAGUCCUCUCAUUUUUGGGUCACCUUCUUGGAAAACAGGCACUUCACAAACGAGGUAUACCACGGUCAGGACCUUCAUCAUCAAGCAAUGGCAAAGAAAAUGGAUUAUCUUCCUCAGGCACCCAUGCUGAGCUGGUGCUGGAGGUUGAAAUUGUACUACGAGGCUUGGUUGAGUCUGAACAGAUGGUGAAUGAGGAGGGCGGUGGUCUGUGGUGUGAACUCAUCUGUGGAUGGGGUGUAGAGCUGCUGUCUUUAUGGGCUGUGGAGUAUGGCAGAGUGAAUUUAAUAAUUGAGGAAGUUGUUGGUAUGUGGAUGAGUUGCAGUGUCGUUCGCACUGUUGUGGAUCUCGUGACUUUGUGUGUGUCCAGAGAGCCACAAGGAACUGUUGCACAUGUGCUCAAUACUGCAAUAGUCCAUGCACCUGUUUUGGACUGGCUCGUAGCCCAUAUUGGAGCUACUCACCCUGCCCCUGUGCUCUCAUAUUUGCUUGACCCAGCAGUGCAGGUCUCGCUGGACUCGGAACCGUUAGACAGAACCACGGCCAUUCUUACUCAUCUCGCACUCCAGCACAGUAGUGCUGUUGGGCAAGCGCUUACAGCCUUGCUCGAGAAAACAGUGCAGGGUCAGUGUUGGCCCGGGGCUGGUCCCCAACUCUUGUUGCUACUCACUAGAUCUGGCCCCUUACUCGACACUCUGACGUCUGCCUUGCCUUCUUUGUUGGCUCCCAAUACCCUGAAUAAACUGGCUAGCCAAGUAGCUACAUGGGUUCCAACGUUCUUUCGCUCUUGGUCAGAUCUGAAGCAAAUAUGUGUUCAGUUACUCCUGGACUGUGCAGGACCAUCAAUGCUGCUCACGUUGUUGUACGGCUUAGUUCCAGCUCACAAUGAGCCCAAGGACAACCUGCCGAGAGUAAAUUUAUUGCCUGUUGUCAAGACAAGCCUUGCAACGCUGCUUCACAGUCUGCUAGGCGAACUCUGUAAGUUGGCGUACACUCGACGCGGCAACAACAAACCUCGUGUAGCGCUCCUGGUUUCCUUGGCACAACCAACUUCGGGUGCGGCGCUACCAUUGACUAAUGUCUUGCAAUGGGCAUUGCAGUGUGGCACACCGGUGGUUAUAAGGUCUGUUACUCAGCUCGUUGUUAUGAGCUGCAGUCAGCAACAUCAACCCAGCGAGGGGGCAUUGUGGCCUUAUCUGCUUCUAACUUUCCCUCCUAGUCCCGAGUUACUACACAUCGUGGCGCGUUUGACUCUGGCACUCAUCAGGGAACCUCAGGCUGGAAGUAACCCACUUGAACGACCACUUUCAAUCGUUCUGUCCAAGUCUGGUCCCAGUUUAUUGAAUGCAUUGGCUAAUGUGCAUCUUUUAUCAUCGGGUCACACCCUCAAGAGUCCUCUGAGCGAUGCGGUCAUGUCACUACUUCCUCAACUCGCUCAGUUCAUUAACCUUCCUGAGAUCGGCGAUUCCGUUGUAAAGCUGCUGUCAAAAAUAACUCUAAGUCAACCCAUCUCAUUAAGAAACACCUCUUGUUUGGCCAAUGCAAUAACAUGUUAUUUAAUGGCUACAUUAGAUAUGCAAGACGUAACUCGGAAAGUUGCAUGCGCUGGACAUUGCGGGCGUUUGUUGAGCCAGCUGUCGAGCAGUUCUUGCGGUCAUGGCCUUAUUACUCGUCUUAUUGUUGAGGCGGUUUUCAGGCCUGAGUGGGCUCAUAUUUUCGGCGCAUCUACUUAUGUCGGAUCAUCUCAUUGCACGAAGAAGACGAAAGUAUCAGAGCCAAAACGACUGUUACAGGCUAACUACACCUUUGACUCCUGGGUGAAAAUUCCUUUGUCGCACACUACUGUUUUUCAUGCUGGCACCAUCAACGGUAACCACACCGAUUCUAAAGUAGACUCUAAAAUUUUGUCUCAGGAAGCUGUCACUCUCAACUGCCAGCUUUUGCUGAACAUUCUCUGCAGCGCUUCCAAGCACCACGACCACGCUCCACUUACUGUAGCGUUGCUUCUUGUGGAAAUAAUCUCCCCUGAUAUCAUGUACAAUGGCUUUCCUUGGCCCGAUGAGAAUAUAAAAUUCACAAUUGAGCGUGAUCUCACAAUAAAGAAAACUUUUGAAGACUUUCCAAUUGCGUGGGAGCUCUUGGAAUUUGUGGCGAGUAAUCGGCCAGCUCUUUGUUAUUGCUCUGUGUUGGUCCGAGCGUUGACGGCGUCAUACAUCGCCUUGUGGUCUACGUCAGCUUUGUCCAGAAGCACGGAGUCGCCCAAGCAACUACGGGCCACGGAACGCUUGUUAGAAAUUGCUGUCAUUGGCCAGUUCCUGCCGAAAAAUAUGCACGUUCUGCCGCAAAUGAUUCGCCAUCUGGCGCCCCAUGAAGUUGUCGCUGUGUUGCAAGACGUUUGGAACUACAUGCGCGACAAUACACCUUCGCCAGAUCGCUGGACUUUGCUUCCUAAUCGUCAACACGAUCGAAGUAACCAUCACUCCGAUCCAAGAGCAUUUGAUACCUGCAGGCGGCUCGUUCACUUCCACGUGGAAACGCUUGGCCACCUUCUCCCUUCAAUGUUGCAACAACGGCCCGCAGCAUCGUGACAAGAACAUACGGUUCAUGAGCCGGGCGACGGCAUUGUUUGAAGCUAGCAUGGGCACUAUUCCGGACGAGAACAUGCUUAGGUUGCGCUUUUAUCAAUGUUCGAUUUUGAUAGGUUAGCAAUCUUACAGCUUCCUAACUGUAGCUUAUGUUGCGCACGUAGAAUUUGUAGCUUUUCUACAUAGUCUAAGAAUAUUUGCUUUUAUUGAAAUGGUAGGAAUUUGUCGAUAAGAUUUGCCUCUAUAUAACUGUGAAUAAUUUAGAUAUUAGUUCACCAUAAUUCACUCUAACAUUGUGUGAUCGGAAAAUUAAUCAUACCAAUUCUCAACUCAGCAACAUCAGCUGAAAGCAACAUUCAUUAAUUCUUCCAUAAAAAGAUGGGGUCUUAAA